UCGGACACGGAGGUGCCCCCGCUGGACUUGGGCUGGACUGACAAGACUUUCUACCGGGGCAUCAGCCGGGUGGCCCUUUUCACGCACCCCCGCAAGGAGGAGAGCGCACCCCACCUGAAGGAGGAGGUGCGGGAGGUGAUCCAGCAGGCGCAGAAGAUUAUUGCAGUGGUUAUGGAUGUAUUUACAGACCGGGACAUCUUCCGUGAUAUUGUUGAUGCCGCAUAUAAGCGCUGGAUCCCAGUUUAUAUAAUCCUAGAUGAAGAGGGAGUGAAGCUCUUCCUGGAAAUGUGCAGAUGCCUUGACCUCAGUGACUUGCAGAUUCGGAAUAUCCGCAUACGCUCUGUGACAGGAGUUGGGUUCUACAUGCCAGCAGGGAAGAUCAAAGGCACAUUAGCAUCCCGAUUCCUGAUGGUGGAUGGUGAAAAGGUGGCCACUGGAUCAUACAGCUUCACAUGGAGUUCAUCCCACAUUGACAGAAACAUCCUGCUAGUCUUGACAGGACAACAUGUGGAGAUGUUUGACAUUGAGUUUCGUGAGCUCUAUGCCAUCUCAGAGGAAGUUAAUUUCUACAAGGAACUGGGUAUUGCUAACCCAUUCCUUCUUGGAAUUGGGAAGCCAGGCCUUCAUUCCUCCACUGUAGCUCGGAAGUUCAUUAACCCCAAGUAUGGUUUAGUGGCAGGGGCAACUCGUGGUGAUAUGAUGCUCUGGGCUUCACGACACCGGCAGGAUAAUCAGGGGAACACGGAAAAGGAGGAAACAAGUGAGUCAAAGAAACGGUUAAAUCAGUUUCUGAAUGACUUAGUCACAUUGGAGCAAGAGUUCCCAGAAAUUGAUCCACCUUUGGAGAACUUGGCCAAGCUGAAUCGGAGCCCUCAGAAACUGUUGUACCGGAUCCAGAUGGACCUGAAAAAUAAAUCAAAAUCCAGAGAGUCUAUUCGUGAUGUGAAGAAGGAAGAUGCACAGGCCAAUUCAAAGCAAGGAAAACGGUUUGCCAGUGGGCUUUUCAGUCGCAAGGCCAAACGGUCUCCAGGCUCAAGCAUCGAGGCCAAUUCUUUUGCCAGCGAAGGACAUUCAGGAGAAGACCUUGGGAACAUGAAACUGGAAUAUGAGCAGCUGAGCAUUGGCCAUGCUAGUGUUCGGAGCACUGGAGGUGUCUCAGGUAACGUGGGUCCAAACUCCAUUACGAGCGAUAAAAACAAACAAACUACCUGUGUGUUAUCUUGA